AUGGCCCGACAACAAAUGGUUACGAAGGUUCGGGCUCAGGAAGAAUCCGAGCGUCUCACUAGGGGCGCCGAGGAUCCCUCGCUCAACGGAGCCGGCACCCCGCCAAGUGCGUUUGAGGCGGACGAAGCUGUGACGCAGUUCAUGGCCAAGACUGUCAACACGCGCGCCAUCAGCCAGCGCCCGUACCCGUACAGGGAGUGUACAGACCUGCCGGCAUGGGCGGACUCCGCCGACGAGCGCGAACAGGCCUACCUGGCCUCACCAGGCCAAGCCGAGGCACCCAGGGACACGGAUAAGCACGGACGUGCUGACGCCCCGACCCGUGACAACUCCAGACACUACCGCGUUUUAUCGUGGAACACGGGGGGAUUGGGAGGGGGACUUUAUGACGAGUUUCUCCUGUACCUGAAGAGAUCCAAUUUUGAUGUCGUCUUGCUACAGGAAACUAAGUGGCGCUUCGAAUCCAUGUGGGAGGAUGCCACUCACUACUUCAUCCACUCAGGUACCAGCGCCAAAGAUCACAGCCAGGCAGGGCUGCUCACCAUCAUCUCAAAACACAUAGUCGAUAAAGGAUCCCUGCGAUUCAUCUCCGCUAUAGAUGGUAGACUCCUGAGAGUGCAGUUCAAACACGGUCCGAGACAGGUUGACGUCAUCAACUUUUACCAGCACACCUGGAGACCUACCAAACAUGUUCAGUCACUCCGGCACAAGGCAUGGGAUUCGCUCACUCAGCAAAUCCAGGCAGUCCCGUUGCGUAGCCGACUCCUGGUCGGCGGAGACUUUAACACCCCGUGCACUGCCUCCUUACCGUACGCUGGAGCGAAUGUGCUGCCCAAACCAGAACACGGCAUCCAGGACGCUGAUGAUCUGCAAGCCAUAGUACAGGGACUAGAUCUAGUCUUCCUUAACACAUUCUCCCAGGCAGUCCAAGCACACACGUACCAAUGGGACCAGCAGAGGUCGCAGAUCGACUUCUGGCUGACUCGUCGGCUGCAGGCAGGCGGUAAGGCCAAACUGGCAGGCCCAAUACCGGACUUCCAUGUAGGACGCUGGAGAGGCGGCCCCCGUCACACACCCGUGCAGGCCAGUCUCAUGUACCAUUGGCAACCCUGGGAGCAUCGCAAGUUUCAACACCUCACCACCCAGACGGAGGUUGAUCGCCACGCCAUCCUGCGCGCGAGCAGCGCAGCGGAUGAUCCGCGGAUCCCUCAAUUCCGGGCAGACGUCCAGUCCGCCAUCAUCCGUAAGUCGCUGGGCAAACCCACGCUAGCUGAGUCAUUCCGCAUCUGGAAACACACCAUGUAUUUUCAUAGACUGCAUCGCGCUGCCCAGACACGUGGCAAGCUGCUCCGCAAGCAAAAGCAACAGGAGCUACUAGAGUCAGCCAAGCAGGCUGCCGAACAGCACGACUUCCGGGAACACCACCGUCUCAUUCAGACAAUGGCGCCCCGGGCCACGUACCGCAAGUUCCAGCUCAGGCUCAACGGGAAGCUACUCACACCAGAGGCCGAGUUGCGCGAAAUGCGAACACACUUUGAAACGCUUUAUCAGGCCGACCAAGCCACACCCCUCACCCAAGUCCAGCUCGAGGAAGAUGUCCCAGUCACACCUGAAGAACUCUUAGUGUCAAUCCAGAAUCUACAGGCCUCCAAAGCCGGCCUCCCCGGCUCCUCCCCGGGCGCAAUCUGGAAAAUCUGUGGAGAUCAGGUGGCGCCCCUGGUGGCGGCAGACCUCACACAACGCUGGAGGGGAGGCACGCUGCCUACUCAUUACAGACCGAUCGGCCUUAUCGACGCCCUAGGACUACGCGAAGCCUUACAUGAGGCGGGAGUGCCAGAGAGUCCAGCGCGUCUACUCCUACACUGGAUAGAUAGGAGUUGCCCGGUGUCUCCACUACUCUUCGCAGCGUUCUCCACCAUGAUCACACGCAAAUUAGACGCUAAGCUAGGUGUGGUUCUCACCACGCUGGAGCAGCACGGAAUGGUAGUUAAUGCAGAGUACUUGGGUGCCGUAAUCUCCUACCGAAACUUCCGCUCCCUCACGCUUGAGCACCGCAUUGGCAAGUGUAAGGCGACGCAACAACGGCUCCGCAAGAUUCUGCAAGGAGCUACAGGCACUGUGGCACUCGCAGCUUACCCCGGCCCCGGCGCCACAAUCCACACCAUCGCCUGUGGGAAGUCCUCGAAGCUCAUGUUACUCACCAACGAUGCACAGGGUCGCUCGCAGAACACUUCCCUAGAGCCGGAGCCCGAGCAGCUGCCUCCGACCACGGCCCACGCCACUUGUGACACAACUGUGGAGGAGGAGAUGUUCGGACCUCUCCUGGGGAAGCGCACCACCCCUACAGCGGAACCAGACCAGCAGAGCACCACAGAACGCCCCACCAAGUCGGGAAAGCAGAACGAAGGGGGGAAAGGCAAAGGGCCCAACAAGAGGCAGCCGGGACGCUACAGAGGUGGUGUCCUGAUCUCCCUGCAGGGCGAUCAGGACAGCGGGCUCUUUCGGGAGACCUUCCAGUUAGUCGCGAGAGCCUUGGUCCACCAGCAGGAGGCCAUCGACACACUGAGGUUGAACACCGGGUGGAUCUGGUGGCUCCGUAUCCCGGAACCUACAGUGAUCCCCACCUUGAUCGAGGCAGCGGAGCUGUGGCGCGAGCAGGUGACGAAGAAGGACAGCAAGAUCCGAGACACGCCACUCAAGCAGGCCAUGUUCUGGAGCCUGAUGCAAUUCGUCAUCAAUACGCUGGAGAAGCCGUCGGAGGCGCAUACCACCCUAGCCAAGAACUCAGGCUGGAUCGACAGCAGCGGCCGCUGGGUGUUUCAACGCUGGAAUCCCGAAUUGCGUGCGCUCGAGGUGGACAGCAACAGAAGUGCACUUACUCACGAAGAGUUGCUCCGGACCAUCAAGGAAAUUCAAUCUUUAAUCCACCCGGAGACACUCUCUCGCUUCCAUGUGCUUCGACAGCUCGAGCCGCAGAUGGAGGGCCAGACAGUGCGGGUCAUGAUGGAUAUUGCGCUCAGGUGCCCGGAGGCGACGCAACUGUUUCAUGGCCUCACGACGCUGCAAGGGAACUCCUCGCUCCAGCUAGUCGGGCUGCAAUUCAAGCGCUCGACCAUGCAGCGCCCGCCACUCAUCAAGCAGAUGCGGAUUCUGAACGGGGUUUUUCUGCGGCAGGUGCCCAGGCAUGCUGCCCUGGAGGUUCAUGUUGUCAGGCUGGAAGGCGCCCAUGUACAACAAAUUGAAGAGGCGGGCUGUAGCCAGGCUAUCUCUCUCGAGUUGCCACCCGGGGAGCAGCUGAGUGCCCAGCACCCACCAAUGCUUUUGAUGCUUCAGUUCUCACGAUACUCGUUUGGACCCACAGGUCUAGACUCUUGCAACAUCACCUACACCGUAGAGGCAGCGAUUUUACACCGAGGCGUGGGGAAGCGCCGACCUGCUAGGUUGUUCGAGAUCGCGAUGCCUGGGGGCCUCGCUGUGGGUACGCUGCACUGCAAAUUCAGUGACGUUUCACCUAUGCCUUUCACGCCGAUUGCAAGUCUGGCUCAGUCAUGCUGUGAUUCAAGUAUCGAACUCAUGCUGCCCAGUAAGCCCCCAGAGGUCUCGGCUGAGGACUGGGAGCUUGAGCUGCCCUCCAUCUUGGGCUCGGCACACCCGGACUUCCACGGCCCCGCUGAAACGCCCUCUCCCGGAAGCCUGAUCUCCGUUGCAUCAGAUCCUAGCUCGCUUCAGCUUACUCGCUCGCCCCAGUCCACGGUCUUGUAUGCCACAGAUAGUCCACCCCACACUCCCAGAUCCCUUCAGGCCGACAUUGACAUGUCAGCGGACACACCAUUCCAGGAAUGGAACAUCCCAGGCACCUGCACGGAGCUCAACCUGGAUGUGUCAGCCCUGGCUUCGCUCCCGCCGCCACUUGCGCAGGACCCGACGGCCGAGCACUUAGCACACUUCUUCUUACAGACUGGUAAGGCCUCCUUCCAUGACAUCUCCCGACUGCUGGAUCUACUGCCAGAGAAGACAUCGGCCAAGCGCAGAGGGCCUCUAUGUCUGGAUGGAGACAAUCGCAAGUGCUUUUCCACUGGAGCGUUUACAUUCUCCCACUCCACGGGCGUGCAGAACAAUGCUACCCUCUUUCCGAGAGUUACAUCGGCCCUGGCAGGGAUCAUGAGAGGAAUGUGCCCGGAGGCCACUUUUGCCUCGCUCACGCUUCAGCGUAACCUUCAGCUGCAGUGUCAUCGCGACAUCGGCAACGAGCCGGAGCUCCAGAAUACAGUGAUACCGUGCUCGCGAUGGGUCGGAGGCUGCUUGUGGCUGCAGAGCGCGGGCGGGGCACACGCAUUGGAUCGCGAAUCUGGGCCAGGAACUAUGCUUCGUAUACAGUUGCCGUAUGUGCAGUUUUCACCGCACAUCCCGCAUGCAACUACGCCGUGGACGGCUGGAGACAGAACCAUUCUUAUUGGCUACACUCCACGCCACUUGCAACGAUUAUGCGCUGAGGAUCGUGCAAUGCUCCAACUGAGAGGCUUUCAGCUACCAUAG